AUGAGGUUACCCCGGCCUCAGCUGAUCAGGUUCUUUUCGACACCUAGAGUUGCCGUGAUAGGAUCCGGCCCUGCAGCAUUCUACACGUCACUCGACAUCCUCAAAUACGACAUCCCUGUGCAGAUCGACAUGUUUGAAAAAAGGCCGUGCCCGUUUGGACUGGUCCGGUUUGGAGUUGCCCCCGACCACCCGGAGGUGAAGAGCUGCCAGGAACGGUUCCACGAUGCCAGCAAGGACCCACGGUUUCAGUUUUUCGGAAACGUGGAAAUUGGCCGCGAUAUUAAGCUGAAGGAGAUCUACGACAACUAUGACAGCGUUGUCUAUGCAUAUGGGUCUAGCAAGGAGAACAGGCUCGGCAUCGCGGGAGAGGACCACCCUGCAGUGAUCAACUCGAAAGAUUUUGUGGGAUGGUACAAUGGAGACCCGAGAAAUCAGGAUCUAAAUCCGCCGCUAGAUAAGGCCGAGCAGGUCACUAUCAUAGGAAACGGAAACGUGGCCAUGGAUAUAGUGAGGAUUCUUCUCGCACCUUCCAAGCAUUGGGAAAACACCGAUAUAACUCCAUAUGCACUUGACAUGCUGCAGAAAUCCAUCGUGAGAAAGGUCACGGUGAGCGCGCGGCGUGGAUUUCUGGAAAGCAAGUUUUCCAACAAGGAAUUUAGAGAGUGCCUGGAUCUAAACAAGUACGGUGUGGCUUUCACUGGGUGGGAUGCCGAAACUUUUGAGCCGCUUCUGGCAGGAAUGAAAUUGGGACGGGUCGAAAAAAGAAGGCUACAAUUGGUCCAGAAAUAUUGUCAACCUGCUGCAGGGGGCAAGUCGUGGAGGCUUGACUAUCUGCAGACGCCCCUGGGGAUCAAAGUUGACCCGAAAGAACCUUCUCUGUUGAAGGAGACCAUAUUCCGGAAAAACCGAGUCUUGCCAUCAGGGGAGAUUGUGCCCGCCGAAGAGCUCAAUUCGGUGUCGAACCAGCUACUAAUUCUGUGCAUAGGCUACAAGGGCGAAGCAUUGGCUGAGUUUGGCGAGCUGAAUAUCCCCUUCGACGCCAACCGUGGAGCAAUCCCCAACAAGGAAGGCCGCAUCGAAGGUGUGGAGCGAUCGUAUUGCGUGGGGUGGAUUGCCAACGCAUCCCGCGGAUCAAUCAAUUCUACAGUCGCAGAUAGCAGUGUGGUUGCUAGCCACAUAGUGGCCGACUUGAGCAAAGUUCAGGACACGGCUAAAAAAGGCAGAGAAGCCAUAACCAAGCUGCUUGCGCAAAGAAACGUGAAAGCGAUCAGCUGGGAUGACUGGGUCAGGAUCGAGCAGUAUGAGCGGUCGCAAGGCCGCAAGCUCAUAGAUUUCCACUCAAUGCUGAGUGUAUGUAACGAUGGCUCAUGA